GAACCUGAAGUGUGGAUGAAUAUCAGUGAGCUCAUCAAACACUGUGGCUAUCCCAGUGAGGAAUAUGAUGUCACAACUGAAGAUGGUUACAUACUCAGCGUCAAUCGAAUUCCCCAUGGUCAAAGACCUCCUGAGAAAAAAGGUCCAAGGCCUGUGGUGUAUUUGCAACAUGCCCUGUUUGCAGAUAAUGCCUCCUGGCUCAUGAAUAAGCCGAACAUGAGCUUAGGUUUUCUUCUAGCAGAUGCUGGGUAUGAUGUGUGGAUGGGCAACAGCCGGGGCAACACUUGGUCCAGAAGACACAAGACCCUUUCAGUAGAGCAAGAAGAAUUCUGGGCUUUCAGUUUUGAUGAAAUGGGCAAAUAUGACCUCCCCAGCGUGAUCAAUUUCAUUGUACAAAAGACUGGGCAAGAGAAGCUGUAUUUUGUUGGCCACUCACUGGGCACUACCAUAGGGUUUAUUGCUUUCACCACUAGACCAGAAGUAGCUCGAAGAAUCAAGAUGAAUUUUGCCCUGGGUCCAGUGGCAUCCUUCAAACAUCCCAAGAGCAUCUUUUCCAAUUUCUUUUUCCUUCCGCAGUCAGUUAUCAAGAAGCUAUGGGGAAACAAAGGUUUCCUAUUAGAAGAUUCUGUAAAGAAAGUACCUUCUCUUGAAUUGUGCAACCGGAAAAUCUUGUCCUGGAUAUGUUCUGAGUUUCUCUUCUUAUGGGCUGGAUAUGACAAUAAAAAUCUGAAUGUGAGCCGAACUUCCAUUUACUUUUCCCAUUCUCCCACUGGGACAUCCAUUCAGAACAUUCUGCAUUUGAAGCAGCUUUUCCGAUCAGACGAGUUCCGAGCUUAUGACUGGGGAAGCGAGGCCGAGAACAGGCGUCAUUACCACCAGAGCCUCCCCCCACUCUAUGACCUGACUACCAUGAAGGUGCCCACCGCCAUCUGGGCUGGUGGGAAAGACCUGCUUGUUGACCCUACUGACGUGGCCAAGCUGCUCCCCCAAAUGAAGGAUCUCCGAUUCUACGAGAUGCUGCCGGACUGGAACCACAUAGACUUCAUCUGGGCCCUUGAUGCACCCCAACGGGUUUACAGUAAAAUCCUCUCUUUGAUGAGACAGAAUCUAUGAAAAAGGGUCAGUCCUCCUAGAGGUUCAGAACUGAUUAGCCCAUCGGGGACACAGUCUAUCAGCAAAGAUGCAGA